AUGGAUACCACUUUCAUCACCAUCCACGCAGAUCUCACCGAAGAGGCACACAUCCUGUACUCUUCUGACUCCAUUGUUGACAUCCUGGGUCACACGCCCGACGAGGUUGUCAAUCGCUCGGUAUGGCAGUUCUUCCAUCCAGAGGAGCUACAAUUUGCCAAGGCCAAAUAUGGUCGCGGGGUAGCGCUUGACAAGGCAGCCGUGUUGUCUUACUGUCGGCUCAAGAACCGCCAGGGUGACUGGGUCGGCGCUGAGUGCUGUUUCUCGAUUGUGUACGAUGUAAUGGUAUGCUGUACCAGUGUCUACAGGCAUGGUAUGGAAAGCCAGAAACGCGCUGUCGAGGCCCCCAUAGUACGCAAAUUGUUUGCUUCAUCACCAAAGGAUCCUCGCUACCACAUGCUGUCUCACCUCUCCAGCAAGUUCGAUCUGGGCCCAGAAGACCAGACCCACGAACCCCGCGCAGCCCUCUUCCUCAAUCGAUUCACACGGACCUUGACAGUCAUGUACGCCACGAGCGGCAUCGAGCAAAUUGUCGGCAUCCCUGGGGAGGAAAUGAAGGGACGAAGUUUUUACUACUGUAUCGCCUUGAACUGCCUUACCGAGGCUGUUCGAUGUCUCGAGUCUGCCAAGGGGAAUGAUUCGAUCGCCUACAUGCGAUUCAUGUUCCGAGAUCCUCGCCAGGAAGACCCACCGGAGCUGACAUCCUCAGAAAGCGAUGAUGACGAAAUGACAGACGUUACAAGCGACGACGAUGAAUCGAUCGAAGGUGGCGUAAGGCUUGGCGGUCAGUCUUCAUCGAGUGGCAGGGACUCAGGGCACCAGUCCAGUGGAUCCCACUGGAACAGCGAGGAGCCACCCACGAACUAUCGCACAGAGUCCGGAGACAGCACUGCACAUGCAGAUUCGCACCGUGGCGCAUUUGGUGAAAAUACUCGGAUACGCUCAUCUACUUCCUCGUUAGGAGGCUCGCCAUCGGUCCACAACGAGGAUAUCGAGCUCGAGGCCGUCAUCUCAUGUACCACCGACGGUCUUGUUGUAUGCCUACGACGUGCUCGCCCAAUGCUACCAGGCGCAAUGCCAGUCUCACAGGAUGCACACCAGCAGUACACUGGUAUCUAUGCGGCCCCAUGGGCGACGCAGCCUGUAUUCCACCCGGCGCCGCCACAGAUGCCACCAUACCCUCUUGGCGCUCAGCAUCCGGCCAUGAUGCAGGUCGGGCCAUCAAUGCAAUUCCAAAACUCGUUCAUGCAAAGUAUUCGCGAUGUCGCGGUCUUUGCAUGGGCUCUUACUGGUAUCAACGGCAGUCUGGCUGAAUAUGCGCGCGGUGUCCCCAAGGGUGAGAGUCAGCCGCCGACGGGAUUCCCCAUCUGGAACCCACUUCCCGACCCAUCGAUGCUGAGUCACAAGAAGUCGGAAACACCUUCUGGCUACGGUUCAGGUACCAACAGUACCUCCAGCAACGGCGAUAACUUUGGCUUCGGCGACCCUGGGCUGAGUUGA